CCUCAUAUCACUACAGCUGUCCCCAGAUCUCCUGUCUGUCCGGGGUCAGGAAUAGCUGGCCUAUCAGUGCUCUCGCUCACCAGUCAUGCUUGCGCGCUACACACUUUUGCUCAUUGCUUGCUCCCUGCUCUGAGAUUUUGACUGGUUUAACUCUGGCCCUCAAAGAAACUGGAUUUGUGGAAUAACUUCACUAGCAGCCCAUGACAGCAGAUUAGCCAACAUGGCAUUCUCGUCUCGCUUUUCCUUCUGGGAGCAAAAGGUCAAAGAGGAGAACAAGCCAGACAGCAAAAAUUCAGAUAAUGAUGGGCUGUCUAACCGUGCCAAGUCUGUGCCUGCUCUGGACCCUGGAAGAGGGUUAUACCGAGCAUUGAGCCCCCCGGCUGUUGCCACUUCAGAAGCGGUCGGUCGAGUCAGGAGUCCCUCACCACCAAAAGUCAGAACACCUGUUAAAGUCCCGGAACGCUUCAAAAGCCCCGAGCCGUCAUCGUCAAAAAUUGCAGAGCGAUUCAGGAGUCCGGAAGGAAGACAUCAUUCUGAGCGUUCAGACCUAGUUAUGAAUGGUAAACAAGAACUAAAUGGUAUCGUGCAGAAAAAUGCAAUCAAUGGCAGUGUCAAAGCACCAUGCCUCAGCUCGUGUGACGCUACAGAUGAUCAAGGCCUGACUCGCAAGAAAGUAGUGAAGGUGGUACGUCGUGUUGUACGGAAAGUCUUGCCCACAGGUUUAGAGGAGACAACUGCACCAACACAAGCAUUAGAAACUUCAGAGGUUACCAAAAACAUGACUGUAACAACUCCGGCUUCUGUGUCAAAGGGCCCUUCGAUGUCAGCAUUCUCCUUUAAACACGACACAGUCAAAAGAGACGACAGAGAUGACAUUUCUCGAGGAUUGGCCAGUCUGAUGGCGAGAGGUCGGACAAGCGAACCUCGAUCAAGAAUGCGUAAAGAUGACCAUCUAAAAACAAAAGAUCUGGAUAAGAACAAUAAAAAGAUGGAGGAAAAAAACAUUCAGACCAAAGAAGAGGUGAAAGAGGAUACAGUAAAGUCACUUGACGGCAGUCCUCCAGUACAUUCUCCAGUAGUCCCUGUGACCGAAACAGCCACGCCUUCAAGUAAAUCUGUUCCAUCGCCACAUUUUACCAAGCCCUCCCAUUCCAGGCCUAUGUCUUUGCCUCAGGUUGUUGGCUUUAUUCCAGCACCCAAGCCUACAUCUUUGUCUCCACCUCCAGGCUUUAUACCUGUUACUAGACCAACAGCUUCAAUAAAAUCCAUCCCUACCAAUGCAGUAAAUGCAACAAUCCCUCCAAAGACCACACUCCAUCCCUCGUGUCAUUCUAACUCAACCAAUGAGCCCACUGAAAAGAGCCCUUCUCAUCAAAGUGUCAGGUGUGGUCCAAUGCCUCGCCCACCAGAAAUCAGUCCUGUUCAACAUCCGACGGUCAGAAAAAAAGAGGAGAUGCCAAUCAGUCACAAUGAGGAGGCUCAAAACAGGCUCAUGAGGAUCUUCGGUGCCCCCCUGGAGCCAUCAAUCAGUGUUUCACCCGCUAUCCAAUCUGCUGCCCAAGUAGCCUCACAACCCCUAAACGCCAUCCAGGGAUCAGUUGAAGAGGACCCUAUAACCCUCCUUCAAGCAUCUCAUGCUGCUUCUAAGCAGUCCCAGGUCAAGACUGAGGAGCAGAUAGCAGCAGAGCAGGCUUGGUAUGGCUCUGAGAAAGUCUGGCUGGUCCAUAAAGAGGGAUUCUCCCUUGCAACAGUAGUAAAGACAGAUCCUGACUCUCUGGCUGAAGGCAAGGUGAAAAUCAAACUCGAGCAUGAUGGGACAAUACUUGAUGUGGAUGAGGACGAUAUUGAAAAGGCCAACCCUCCAUCAUUCGAUCGGUCAGAGGAUCUGGCUUCACUACUUUAUCUUAAUGAAUCCAGUGUCAUGCACUGCUUGAGACAGCGCUAUGGAGGAAACCUCAUCCAUUCAUACGCUGGACCCAACAUGGUGGUCAUAAACCCCAUCAGUCCAGCCUCAAUGUAUUCAGAAAAGGUGAUGCACAUGUUUAAGGGAUGUCGACGUGAGGACUCUGCUCCUCAUAUAUACUCAGUGGCCCAGUCGGCCUACCGUAAUCUUCUUACCACAAGGCAGGACCAGUCUAUUGUACUACUAGGAAAGUCUGGUAGUGGCAAAACCACUAACUGCCAGCACCUUGUCCAGUACUUGGUCUCUAUUGCUGGCAGCACGGGUAAAAUCUUCUCUGCUGAGAAGUGGCAGGCUGUCUACACCAUCCUUGAGGCUUUUGGUAACACUUCGACCUCUAUGAACACCAAUGCCAGUCGCUUCUCACAUGUAGUUUCGCUUGACUUUGAUCAAGCCGGACAGGUGGCGUCUGCAUCCAUUCAGACAAUGCUGCUGGAGAAAAUGAGGGUGAGCAGACGGCCAGAGAAUGAGUCAACUUUCAACGUUUUCUAUUAUAUGAUGGCUGGGGCUGAUAACACCCUGAGAACUGAGCUACACUUUAACCACCUGGCUGAGAACAGCACUUUUGGAAUCAUUCCGCAAUCAAAGCCCGAGGAUAAACAGAGAGCAUCGCAGCAGUUUACUAAGCUGCAAGCAGCCAUGAAGGUGCUGGGCAUUUCUAGCGAAGAGCAGAAAGCUCUCUGGCUCAUCCUGGGAGCCAUUUACCACUUGGGGGCUGCUGGAGCCACGAAAGCGGGACGCAGACAAUUUGCCCGUCACGAAUGGGCCCAGAAGGCAGCAUACCUUCUAGGAUGCUCCUUGGAGGAGCUGUCUUCUUCAAUCUUCAAAAACCAGGCCAAAGGCAUGAAACACUCGACCUCGUUUAGAGGAGGACCAGAUGAAGCCGGCCAAGGUGAUGCAGCUUCAAAAGUCACGGCUCUGGAGUGUUUGGAGGCCAUGGCAUCCGGACUCUACUCUGAGCUCUUCACUCUGGUGAUAUCCCUUAUAAACAGAGCUCUGAAGUCCAGUCAGCACUCAUUGUGCUCCAUUUUGAUCGUGGACACUCCAGGUUUCCAGAACCCACAUCUUGCUCAGCAGCAGCGAGGAGCUACGUUUGAGGAGCUUUGUCAUAAUUACACCCAGGAGAGGCUGCAGACCCUGUUCCAUGAAAGAACCUUUGUCCAAGAAAUGGAUCGAUACAAGGAGGAAAACAUAGAACUUGCUUUAGAUGACAUAGAGUCCAGUCCUUCAGUCUCUGUAGCGGCAAUCGACCAGGCGUCAGCUCAAGCUCUGGUUCGUACUCUGGCCAGGACCGAUGAAGCACGUGGCCUUCUGUGGCUGAUGGAAGAAGAGGCAGUUAAUCCUGGUGGUUCAGAGGAGACUAUGCUAGAGAGGCUCUUCAGCUACUAUGGUUCCGCACAGGGAGAAAGAAAAGGAGCCAAUCUCCUGCUAAGAGGACCGAAGCCCCACCUUUUUAUGUUGGGACACAGUCAUGGAACGGACUGGGUGGAGUACAACACCCAGGGCUGGCUUAGCCAAGCCAAGCAUAACCCUGCAUCUCAGAAUGCAGCCAGUCUGCUGCAAGAUUCCCAAAAGAAAAACAUCAGCGGGUUGUUUAUGGGCCGUGCGACUGGGGCGACAGUGUUAUCAGGCUCCAUUGCUGGUCUCGAAGGAAGCUCACAACUAGCACUGCGACGGGCCACUAGCAUGAGGAAGACAUUCACUACAGGUGUAGCCGCAGUCAAGAAGAAGAGUUUGUGUAUCCAGGUCAAACUACAGGUGGAUGCACUGAUUGACAUGGUGCGUCGCUCCAAAGUCCAUUUUGUCCAUUGCCUGCUGCCCAAAGCGGAGGCAGUGGGUGGAGGUGGUGAGCCACGUGUUACACAUGGAGAGAGUGCAGAUUCAGGCCUCAUGACGUUGGACGUGGGUCUUUUAAGAGCGCAGCUCCGAGGAUCCAAACUGCUAGAUGCACUGCGCAUCUACAGACAAGGAUACCCAGACCACAUGGUCUUUUCAGAGUUCCGAAGGCGUUUUGAUGUGCUGGUACCACAUUUGACCAAGAAGCAUGGGCGCCAUUACAUUGUGACCGAUGAAAAAAGGGCAGUCGAGGAAUUGCUGGAGUCAUUGGAUUUGGAGAAGAGCAACUAUCACAUGGGGAUAAGCCGGGUUUUCUUCAGAGCAGGGACUCUGUCAAGGCUAGAGGAGCAGCGGGUUGUUCAGACCAGAAGAAACAUCUCUCUGUUUCAGGCUGCCUGCAGGGGAUAUUUGUCCAGACAAGCAUUCAAAAAGAGGAAGAUCCAGGAUUUGGCCAUCCGUUGCAUCCAGAAGAACAUAAAGAAGAACCGUGGGGUCAAAGGUUGGCCAUGGUGGAAGCUUUUUACUACGGUCAGACCUCUAAUUGAAGUGCAACUCACUGAGGAACAAAUCCGUGGCAAGGAUGAAGAGAUCGUCCAGCUGAAACAGAAGUUAGAGAAGGUGGAAAAAGAAAGGAAUGACCUGAGACUCAACAGUGACCGUCUAGAGAGCAGGAUCACAGAGUUAUCAACAGAGUUGACUGAUGAGCGGAAUACCGGGGAGUCUGCAGCUCAGCUGCUUGAGAGUGAAACAUCUGAGAGACUCCGUCUUGAGAAAGACAUGAAGGACCUGCAGGCCCAGUUUGACAGCAUGAAGAAGCAGAUGGAAUCUAUGGAGAUGGAAGUGAUGGAGGCUCGUCUCAUUAGGGCCUCUGAACUCAAUGGAGAAUUGGAUGAUGAUGAAUCAGGAGGAGAGUGGAGGCUGAAGUAUGAAAGAGCUAUCAGAGAAAUUGAAUUUACCAAGAAGCGACUGCAGCAGGAGUUUGAUGACAAGCUGGAAGUCGAGCAGCAAAACAAACGACAGCUGGAUAGAAGGAUCAGUGACCUGCAGGCCGAUAACGAAGAAUCACAACGAAAUAUCCAGCAGCUAAAGAAGAAAGCGCAGAGACUCACGGCUGAGCUGCAGGACACCAAACUUCACCUCGAGGGCCAGCAGAGCCGGAACCAUGACCUGGAAAAGAAGCAGAGGAAGUUCGACAGUGAACUCAGUGCAGCCCAGGACGAAGUGCAGAGGGAAAAGACAUUGAGAGAUAAACUGGCCAGAGAGAAAGACAUGCUCACCGGAGAGGCCUUCAGUCUCAGACAACAAGUUGAGGACAAGGACCUCGAAGUGUGUGCUAUCAAUCUUAAAUUGGAUCAGCUGGAGGCUGAACUACAAGAUCUCAACUCCCAAGAGUCCAAAGAUGAAGCAUCACUUGCUAAGGUCAGAAAGCAGCUUCGCGACAUGGAGGCAAAGGUGAAAGACCAGGAAGAAGAGCUUGAUGAGCAGGCAGGAACCAUCCAGAUGUUGGAACAGGCUAAAUUACGCCUUGAGAUGGAGAUGGAGCGUUUGCGCCAAACCCAUUCCAAGGAAAUAGAGAGCAAAGAUGAUGAAGUCGAGGAAAUAAGACAGUCAUACAGCAAGAAGUUAAAACAAAUGGAAGUCCAGCUGGAGGAGGAGUAUGAUGAAAAGCAGAAAGUUCUGAAAGAGAAAAGAGAGAUGGAGUCCAAGUUUCUAUCCGCACAGGACAAGGUGAGAAGUUGUGACGGUGAGACUGAGAAACGUCUGAGGAAAGACCUGAAGAGGACAAAGACUUUGCUGGCUGAUGCUCAGAUAAUGUUGGAUCACAUAAAAAACAAUGCACCAAGCAAGCGGGAAAUUGCUCAACUUAAGAACCAGCUGGAGGAAUCGGAAUUCACUUGUGCAGCUGCUGUUAAAGCCCGUAAAUCCAUGGAGGGGGAGAUUGAAGACUUGCAUGUGCAAAUGGACGACAUCUCAAAAACCAAACUGGCGCUAGAGGAACAGCUUAGCCGACUUCAGAGAGAGAAGAAUGACUUGCAGGCAAGAAUGGAGGAAGACCAGGAAGACUUGAAUGAGCUCAUGAAGAAGCACAAGGCUGCAGUGGCUCAGUCAGCCCAGAACUUGGCUCAGAUCAGUGACCUUCAAGCACAGCUGGAGGAGACACUCAAAGAGAAGCAGGAAGUACACGAAACGAUGCAAGCCCUCCAGAGUCAACUAGACUUCCAGGAGCAGUCCAUGGUGGAGAAAUCCCUCGUGAGCAGACAGGAGGCCAAGAUCCGAGAGCUUGAAACUAAGCUGGAAUUUGAGAGGACCCAGGUUAAACGCCUGGAGAGCCUCGUAGCUCGUCUUAAGGAAAAUUUGGAAAAACUGACAGAAGAUCGAGACCAACGCAGCAGCAGCGAGAUCCGGGAGAAGGAACAGAGCAAACGAUUGCAGAGACAGAUUCGCGACAUGAAAGAAGAGAUGGUUGAACUAGCCAAAAAGGAAGGAGAGUCCAGCCGCAAAAAGCAUGAGCUGGAAAUGGACAUAGAGAGCUUGGAGGCUGCAAAUCAGAGCCUCCAAGCAGACCUCAAACUUGCCUUCAAAAGGAUUGGAGACCUCCAGGCUGCCAUUGAGGAUGAGAUGGAGAGUGAUGACAACGAAGACCUUAUCAAUAGUUUACAAGACAUGGUGACAAAGUAUCAGAAAAGAAAGAACAAAACUCAAGGGGAUUCAGACUCUGACUCUGAGGUGGAGGGUCGUGUGGAUGGGGUGAAAUCCUGGUUAUCCAAAAGUAAGGGAUCCGCCAAGAAUUUUUCAGACGAUGGCAGCCUGAAGAGCUCCAGAUUUGCUAUAAACUUAGAUGCAAAAGAAGGGAAAGAGGGGUCUGAUGAUAAGGAAUGGAAAGAAGCAAAUAAAGAGUUUAAAGACAUAGAGCCAAGUCGGCCGUUAUCUGUGAUGAGCUCUCUUAGCUACAGAAAACGCUCCAACCUCAAUUCUCAAGGUGAUCAGCUACUCAAUGCACUUAAGGAAAAUGCUGAUUUGGAGGAUAAGCCAUCUUUCCAAAAGUCAAAAUCCAGAAGCAGUGAUCUUCAAGAGGACAGCUCCCGGAGGAAAUCGUUGGCAGCGGAUGACUUGGAUGACAGAAAGUCCGUUAUCUCUCAGGCGUACUCGGAUGCCAAUAGCUGGGCCAGGAAAAGCAUGGAAAGCCGCUGGUCUGACAAAGAUUCAACUGUUUCAUUUAUUCCACCGAGGCGGGCCUCUACUUGCCUUGGGGUAAGCCCAGACGAUGAUACGAAGUCUACUCUGAGCUUGAGUUUCUCAAACUCUCUUGGACGCCAUCAAAGUAGCUCACGUUUAGAUGAGCCAAACGGGAGGCGAUCGCUGCUUGGCAGUGUUCCCAACAGCCCUUCUUUUAGCAAGCGGUCUGGCAGUCGCAGUCCCGGUAGUGUCAGUCAAGCCGAUUCCCAUAUGUCACUGGCACGUAGCUGCCGUCUGAGCGAGUUUGCUCUUGACGUGGAUGAUAGCAGAAGUGUGGCCUUCACAGAGCACUCAUCUUUCAGCCAUUCUUCCGUUGGACGCAGUGUUUCCAUGCCACCGCCGCAAGCUCGAUCGGUUGCAGACAAUGAUCUCACUGAUAUCAAACCUGUCAGCCAUCGUAACUACCUGGACCCAGAACUGGAAAAGGCCAUCAAUGAAGUAUUGAGUUUUAAACCCAUUAAAUUCAAGCGCCGUAGCUUGGAGGACUCUGAUGAUGAGGAAGGACAAUCUAAAGAUGAUAGCGCGGCAAGACGUCCUUCCAGUAAUCUGCAACGCUCCGCAUCAGCCGUGAGCUGCUUGAGACCUUCUCGCAGCACCAGCAGCCGUGGACAAAACAGCAAAAGGAGGAACAGAAAAGCCCCACUGACAGAACACGCUACUUCUUCAGAUCUACCGAAGAGGAGGAAGACGAGAAAGUUGACGGCGCCCAAGGAUUUUUAUACUCUUCUUGAUACAGAUGGAGUAACCGACUGUCGGACGGCAGUAACGAUAAACCUUUAGACCCAGGAUCUUAGCUUAUUCUGUUCUUAGCUUUCUGAGUUUUGGCAACUUUGCCUCGCACGCAAGGUUGAUCUCAUUUGCGGUUGUUGAAUGCCGACACGUAAUAACGGCAACAAUCUUAGAGGACGACAUUUUAAUAUAUUGAUUCCGUCACAAUUUUGCAGUGCCUCUGCUCAGGAUUUGCUCCACUUCUGUAUUAAAUGCUAUUUCUUUGAUGUCAGUCAAAGAUAACUGUCCAUCCACACGGUGGCUUUGUUAUACGACUAGACUGGUUGCUUGGCCUUGCUGUUAAACUUCCAUCUUGGAUGUAACUGAGCCAAAGAGUAGAGGACUGCUGCGGUAGUAGAUCAUUUUUCUAAAUUUCUGUGUAUUCUUCGCAUACUGUGCAGUAGUAGUAUAGUUUGCCGUACCACUUUGUAUUACCAAAAAAGCUUUUGUUCCUUGUAGACACUUAGUGUAUGUUGUUGCCAGUUGAUACCGGAAAGCCUCACAAUUCCUUUUUCUUUCGACUUUUCUGCAUCAAGUGCCGUUUGAUUCAAGUUGGCUCUUAACCUGGCACGUUUGCAGCUUUUCUGCUGCACGUUGAAAGCACUUGCAUCUUCCCACCUUAUCUGCCUUUUGCUGCUUAACUUAUUAGCGGUGAUAGACAUCCAAUGCAUUUAAACCGGAGGGCUGGUGGUGAACAUGUUUAAGUGUGAUCAUUCGGAACUAACCUUCAAGCUUAAAUGUACUGGAAGUCUAUCACCGUCAAUGGCAGCAAUUGAUGUGUUCAUGAUUACCAACUCCUAAACAACAUGAAAUAUUUAAUCUUUCUAAAAGAUAUUGUCCUACAGGCUUUUUAAAUUGCAGGUUUAUUUCAUGUACUUGUCAAUUUGUUGUGAGUCCAAGAUCCGUGGUAGCUUUAUAACUCAUUUUGUUACCAUAAAUACUCUAGUUAACAUUCACCAUAAGUCCUGUCUGUUCAUAUUUAUUAAACAAAACAAACUGUUUAAAUUGCCAGCUUUUAGCAUGAUUAAAUUCCAAAGCCAAAAUAAAGACAAGACAUUGAUUUGGAACUCAUAAACUAAAAUGUUCUCUCGUUUUCUACUAAAGCCUCAAUAACUAUCGGGAUCAAUGCUUGCGAAAAUAUAUAAUGAUCAAAAUAUAUAUGGCGGGAAACACUCAGGUGACUUGAAGUUCCGCUCUGAGACCCCCAAUUCGGGCAAAUUUCUAAAUUGUCCUGUAUGCAUGUGUGAUACAUCAUUGGAAAGCUUAAAAUGUCAAUUUUCUGGGGGAAGAAAAUUUUUGAACAGGAGGGCAUUUAAAAAAAUUUUUUUUUUAAACCCCUAAACCCUAACUCGAAGUGAGAGCAUGAGAGAGCAUAAUUGAAGACACCAAGAUUUUAACAAGAUAGCGUUUCGAUCCAAAAACUCCGUGUAGCAUGUCUCAUCAAGUGUCAAGACACACUUGUAGCAUGUCUCACCAAGUGUCAAGACACAGUUGUUAAUGGCCACAGCCAGACUUUAUGGUGAUUUUAUGGGUGAAACAUGGUAAUAUAACAAGGAUUGCAAUGCAGAAAUCACAGACAUCAAGGAGUGGUUGAGAUUUUCAAAUAUUUUCCUUGUUUGGAUCAAUUAUUUAUCAUCUAAAAAAUAUCGGGGAAACAGUAACCAAAAAAAAAAAAAAAAAAAUACAAGUAAUAGUUAUGAGGUAAAUAUCCGUGCCAUUUAUUGUAACGUAAUUUGUUCAAAAGUUGAAAAUAUGUGAGUAAAUAAUUUUAUAAAGUCGUUUUUUUUUUUUAAACUCAAUAUAAGACAUCAAUUAAUGAUUCUAAGCUAAAAAUGACAUUCAUUUCAAAUAAUAUAAUUACCUUUUUUAUGGCUGGGUUGAAACAAAAGCGGUUGCAUGGUGUCUGUAAACGGGGGUUUAUAGGGUAAAAUGGACAAAUUAAAAAUCGUUCGGGGGCUUAAUGCGCCAUGAAACUGCUAUGGCAGCAUAUAGACAUAUUGUUAUCAUUGAACACACCAGUAAUUUGGCUUAAAAUACAGCAGUUGCUUUUAAAAAGGGGUGCAAGAGCAAAAACUGCUUUUUCAGCCUUGUCUGUGUUUUCUGCCGUAUGCAUGUACAUACUUGGAAUGUCCCAAAUACAUUUUUGCCUCAGAGUCCGAGUCACCUGAUUUUGACUGCCGAUAGUCCUGAUCCAAUACCGGGAAAAAAAAUUGUUUUGAGUUUUAAACAUGUUAUUGUCCUACCGUGCCGCUUUCAUAGUGAAUUAUUUUUAAACAAGAAUAACGAAGAAAAUGUCUAUUAAAUGCUUCAUUGAGUGAGUCCACUCAAAUCCACUCAUGCUUUGGUGCCUCUCACACAACGAGUGUCCUCUGCACACUAUCGCUAGUAUGUACCUAGCUAAAGAAUGAUCGAGACAUGUGCGCCUUUGAUUGUAGAGCUUCAAACUUCUCUGGCAAGAUCAAAACUGUCAAAUCAGUCAAUCAUCGUUAACUUUAACAAGCAAACUCCAGUGCACUGCUGACCAAGAAAAGCAGCAGGAGGGAGAAUAAGAGGCUGUACGAGCAUGAAGCAGAAAAACUUUUUUUUUUUUUUUUAUCCAAAAACCGGAUCCUUUUCACCAGAUUCCGAUCCUCUGAAAAAUGGCACGAUCAGCCUGAUAUCCAAUCACAUGAUCAAAUAGGGUAAUCCCUAGUAUAUACACAGGUAUACUUGUUUGUACAGUGGUACCUCUACUUAAAAUAUUAAUUGGUAAGUAGUCUUGUACCACAAAAAUUUCAUAAAUACUCAUUUUACGUGUAAAUGCCCUAAUCCAUUCCUAGCACUACUGACACGCCACAUUCAAUUUUAUAAUUGGGGUAAAACUGGAAUAAAACAACAGCCAAACACAUUUGAUUCAUUUCACAUACCUAACCUAACCUUUAAUACCUGUAUUGAAGCAGAUAAUAGAAUAAAAUGAAAAUGUAAAAAAUGUCUUACUCAUCGAGUGAGGCAAUGUCCUCUUUCACGAGAUAGAUCGUGCUUAUCUCACUCUUCCUGACACAAGAACGCGAGGAGACCUGUGCUCUAAUGUGCUGCUAAUGUAAUGAACAGUUUGUGGGUUUAAAAAAAAAAAAAACUUAGUGAGGCAUAAACUUGAGGAGUCUUGUGCUCAUUAGGCUCAUACUAUGUCAACCAUAACACCGUCACACGUCUGCACAUCAUACUGCGACACCCAAUUCGAAACAUCAACAAAAGGCUAAUAGGAGAGCAGAAUCCCAUUACAGGGGCAUGAUGGGAAAUAUUACGACCAAAAGGGCAGCAGGAUCUUAUGGUGCGGCGUUUAAACGCAGGUAGUACAUAUGUAUCUUUUACAGUAUAGUAUUUUUGCCUCUCGUAACCUGAAAUUUUUCCUGAACAAGAGGCAAUAUUUUCCCAUUUAAAUGUUCCAUAACCUGAAAAUGUGUAGAGACGUUCGUAAGCAGAGGUAUCACUAAUAUAUAUAUAGAGUUACUGGCUACUUUAUUAGGCAUACCUGUCCACCUGCACAAUAACGCAAAUUCCUAAUCUACUAAACACAUUGCAGAAACUGUUUGGGCAUGUAGAUACGGUCAAAACGGUCUGCUGUGAGCAUCGGAAUGGGAAAAAAAGUGCUUUGAAUGUGGCAAGAUUGUUGUUUCCAAAAGGGUUGGUAGGACUAUUUCAGAAACGGCUGAUCAACUGGGAUACACGUGCAACCGUCUCUAGGGUUGACAGAGAAUGGUCCAGAACAAAGAGACCGUCCAGUCAAGGGCAUUUCUGUAGCUGAAAGAGUCUUGAAUGAGCUGAGAGAGGCAACAGUAACUGAAAUAACCACUCGUUACAAAGUGGGUAUGCAGAAGAACACACCAGGUGCCACUUCUGUCUCCUCUGAUUUCAGACCUCAGCCCACAGAACUACAGCUCACUGGAUGCUUUCUCCUUUUUCCCUCUCUUUCCCAUUCUGAGGCCAUGUUGAUCAUGUCUACAUGCAUUAAUGCAUUGUUUCUCUCCCAUGUUAUUGGCUCAUUAGAAAUUUGUGUUACGAAGCAGUUGGACAGGUACAGUGGGGAGAACAAGUAUUUGAUACACUGCCGAUUUUGCUGGUUUUCCCACUUGCAAAGCAUGUAGAGGUCUGUAAUUUGUAUCAAACAGGUGCAGUUACUUCCGGUAAUGAGUGGAGAACAGGAGGGGUUCUUAAAAAAAACUAAGAGCCGAAAUAUUUACUCGUUGGUAAUGUAUCAAAUACUUAUUUCAUGCAGUUAAAUACAAAUUUAUUAUUUAAAAAUUAUACAGUGUGAUUUUCUGGAUUUUUGUAUUAGAUUCCGUCCCUCACAGUUGAAGAGAACUUGUGAUACAAAUUACAGACCUCUACAUGGCUUGCAAGUGGGAAAACCAGCAAAAUCGGCAGUGUAUCAAAUACUUGUUCUCCCCACUGUAUGUCUGAUAAAGGUGUAUAUAAUACAUAUAACACAUACACACAUUUUUCCAAUCACAUAUUUAUGCACCUGAGUCUAAGUUGCCCGAUACCUCGGCAAUUUAUUAAUUUAUUACAAAAUCCUUUUUUUGUGUUGUUUCUUUUGAUAAUAUCUUCAUCCAUUUUGAUCAUUUUGUUGCCACUUAUUGCCGUUGAAAAGAGAAGGUUAUUUGAUUUGGGAAGGCUGGCAUCUAGUGAUCGUUUCGCUGCCACUGACGGCAAUAGACGUCCAACCCAUUUUGACUGGGAGGUCUGCUGGCAGCGAUCGUUGGCUCUUCCAGCCUUGAUGGAUUGGAUGUCUAUCGGCAUCAAUGGCAGCCAAUGUGUUAAUACAUGGAAAUACAUUUUGAAAACCGAUUCUGAUCUUGACGUGAUCGGGCCCGAUUUCUGAUCACGUGAUCGGAUAGGGGACAACCCUCAUAUUAAAUAUAUAUAUUGUACAUAUAGUAUGUAUGAAAGCUUAUACCAGCAUCAUUUGUAACAAUUGUUUGGCAAUUUUACUGCAGCAUGAUGGACUUAAGCUUCAAAUGUUGCAAUUUUGAAAUUUGGUUUGGACACUUGACAGCAUGUCUGCUUUUAAAGAGAGCCAACAUCUACAAUGUAAUACCAAAACCCCAUCAUGUGCCUUGUAAAGCAUAGUUUACGUGCACAUAAAAAUAGAUGUCUGUGAUACAGUAUACCCAAACUGUAUAGUCCUUUCCGCAUGCACAGCAUGUAGGGAUUUCGAUGACCCGUUAGGCUCAAUUAGUGCGCAUGUUUCUAACCUGAGGGCAUUUUAACACGCUGCACAAAUCGAUUAUUGGAACCGCAGAUUGAAAUAUUGGAUGCAGCAAUUAAAAAAAAAAAAAAAAGGAUUAUCGUGAGAAGAUAUUAGGAUUUCAAAAAAUAAUGAGCUAUUUAAUUUCAUAAGACACAAUUCUAGUGUUGGUGAAAUUUUGUGUGUUGUAGAUGAAGAUGAUUCAAUAAUUAGGGGCUGAGCACCAAGUGGUGUGAGAGCUCUAUUGCAAUGCAAAGGAUUAUUAUUACUUUUUUUUUUCAUGGCAAAUGAAAAUGGAAUAUUUGGAGGCCUUACCAUGCUCAAAACUCGGCAAAUUUUGCAGAUACAUGCGGCUUGGCAUAAAUUUCGAUAGUUUUGCGACCUUGCGAAAAACCAUAACAAAAUGUCUCUACGUCGCCUCCUUAAAUUUUUCAAUAAGGCCUCUCCUAUUAGGCUUUUUCGGCCUAAAGCGAUAAAAAUUAGGCAGUCGAUACCUUGUGUAAAUUGCACCAAAAAGUCCCUUGGACACAUAUCCCAAACCCAACAAGAAAUCGGGUAUUUUGAUUAUAUGUGAAAAAAUAUGCAAUUCUAGUCCAUUUACAGAGUGCGCAUUUGAGAAAUUGGUGUCUAGGGAGCAUGUUUGAUCCUCCUCAAAAUUGGUGAGACUGUUUGUGAGACAUGAGAUCUAAAAUUAUAAAAAUGUUUUCAUUCACAUGCCUGACCUGGGUGGGGUGCCAAAGUCAGCCUUUUUUUUUUUUUUGUCAACGCCAAAUUCAGUAAAU